ACUUCAGAUAAGAUUACCUAUAAGAAAAAAGUAUGUGCUGAUUAAUACAAUGGCAUCACUUAUUCUUUGGAAAAAUACAAUCGAAGAGCACCUACCUACAUGAAAACCGGAUUUAGAACUUGUACGUAUUAUUCGUAAUAUAGGUUCAUAGCAGAACACAUAAAAAAUGAGCAAAUUACCAGCGGAAGCAGUUCGAAAACAAAUUAUUGGUUUGAUUCCAGUGUACAUGAACGUAUUCAUGAUGGGAUGUGCAAAUGGAUGGCUGCCGAAUGUUAUGUAUUUCAUGAUGCACGGGCAAGAAGUACAUGCGACGUCUGGGCAAUGUGCUUUGAUAGCAUCUUUUAGUGAACUCGGAAGAAUCAUAUUUGCCAUACCAGCAGGAAUUCUGACGGAUAAAUAUGGCAGGAAGAAUAUCACCGUAAUCAUCGGUUUCUUGCAUUUUUUUACAUGGCUGGGACUUUCAUUAAACACAUCUUUAGUUACGAUUUACAUAGGAAGACUCGUUUUAGGCGCAGUAACAGCAAUGGUGAAUGCAACAGCGUUAAUUUCAAUAGGUGAAAUAGCAUCGCCCGAAAAUCGAGGACAACUCACCAGCAUAUACCGAAUUUUUAUGCACAUAGGAGCAAUAUUACCAUCAAUUAUAAGCGUUACAUUUUCCGCUUACAAAUCACUCGCUUGGGCUAUAACGAUUUUCUCGAUUAUAAGCUUACUUUCAAUGUUCUGGGUCGUGGAAACGCCUAGUUUUCUAAUAAGUGUAUCGAAACUGGAACAAGCUAGAGUUAUUCUUCAAGAAAUCAGACAAGGAUACCAACAGAGUGACAUUAAUAACGAAUUCGAAAAACUCAGAAAAUACAUCGAAGAUGAAAAAGCUCGAAAGAGUCAACUAAGUUGGUUAAAAUUUCUCAAAUCAAAAGCCAUUAGAAGGCCGUUGUUUACAGGCACGUUAUUAAAUUUUUUCACCAUAGCAACAGGUGGAAUUCUAAUAAGAAUUUACAUUACUGCGGUAAUCCCACCUCACGAGUUUCUGCCGAAAAAAUAUUACCCGUUGAUUCUUCAAAUUAUUUUGCUUUUUAUCGCCUUCACCAGCACAUUCUACAUAGAUAAAUUUCCUCGCAGAAUUAUAUCACUGUUUGGAGCUUCGGCUUUGAUGGUGACCAAUGCGGUUUGUGCCCUUACAAGUUACCUUGAAAUGGAAAAUCAAAUUGGCGAUACGUUUAAAUGUUAUUUUAUACUGAGUACUAUUUUAUCAAUAAUAUUUUAUGGUGCUUCGAUACAACCGAUGAGCAGCACCAUUAAAGCUGAACUUUAUCCUCAGGCUGUGAAAGGGUUUUGUGGAUCAGUUGGAGUAAUUAGUCAGUCAAUAUCGGCGAUAAUUUUAUAUCAGGUGUAUAAUUUCAUCAAAGAUCAUUUUCAUAUUUAUAUAAUUUACGUUAUAUUUUCCAUCAAUUCUUUUAUACUAUUCUUAGUCACGUAUUUUCUUUUGCCAGAAGCUCGUGGAGUAUUCCUAACCGAUUUACAAAUGAAAUUUAAAGGUAAUCCUCAAUCAAAUAAUGUUUAAUAGUUAUUUUCU